AUGAACAGUCUAAGAAGCGCGAUCACCAGGAUAGAGAGAUCGGCUAGGCUGAGGAUUGCAUAUUGCAACCAGACCAGGCCGCUUGCCGAGCUCGUCAACACGCGGAAUCAAGCCAUUCAUGGAGGAAAGGAAGAGGAAGAAGUAGAACCAAACAACGACCAAGCUUGGGUACCGAGGGACCGUCAAAGCCGACAAUUCCAAGCGUUUUUAAAACCUUUGGGCUUGAAAGAUUUAAAAAUCAAUAGCAGGUCCCAACCAUUUGAUCUGCAUUCGGCUCGGCUUCGAUGGCAGAACAACAAUUCCAAAGACUAUCAAAUUCAAUCAGCAACGUACAUGGAUGAUCGAGAUUUGUUUGAGAACGUUUUGCGGUGUUUGGUGGAUCUUACACCUCCAGGGCUCAAAAGGAAAGUAACUAAUCAACUGCAACUGCAAUCGAAACUAAAGACAGGUGAAGAGCAAAGGAGGCGACGACAUAGAGUGGAUAUCUAUCACGAACUACCCCCCAUUCCAAGCCCCUUGACCAAAGAAAACUUUGAAGAGUACAUCUAUAAACUCACCCAUUGGAAGUACCAUUUUCGCAACUCGUCUAGCUUGCGACUGGGGAUUAUACCGCAGAUUCUCCUUCAUACCCACAACCUCACCAACGAGACUUACAAGCCGUUUAGAUCAGCCACUACGUUCAACUAUCUCAUUAGAUACUUUGGAAUUGAAAAGAACCAAAGCUUGUUUGCGAGAAACUUGAUAUUGGUAAUGAACCAAGAAGGCCAUUUGGUCAACCACCAAACUAUCGAUUUAAUGUUGCGCAUAUGUGCGAUCCACUCGCACAUUAGAUCAAAUACAAACACGUUUAUUCUUGUGCUCAAAUAUCUACGGUUGGGCGAGUCCUUGGGGAUAAGCGUUUCACUAGAUACCUGGACCAGGCUCUAUGACACCAUCAGCAAUGUGCGGUUGAAAGAGCGGUUCCUCCGAGUAUGCCAGCAGGAAAACAUUCCAAUGUCAAGCGGACUAGUUAUGAGGAUACUUGAUGAUUUUAUGAAAGUAACGACAAAGACUGAGGAUGUGAUUUAUUUUGUUGAAAACGAUUUGAAUUUGAGAGAGAGUUGGCGCAACGACGCAUUUAUCAAACAUAAACUCAUCAGUCAUCAGGCCAAAAAUGGCACGGUCCCUGAGAUAAGUGCCGACGCAUACUCGUUGCAGCACCUUUUGAACGGCCUUUCCCAGAAUCGGAAUUUGAGCUUGAGAGCAAAAGUGAUGUUUGACGAGUACUGCAAAUUUUGCAAUCGCAAUCGAAACCUGGCUCCACCACAACUACUCAAGAUUUACACGAUGCUUAUCAAACAACUUAUUGUGGAUUUCUCAGAUUUGCGCAACGCGGUCUCGCUUGUAUUUGUGAUACGGGGUCUCAUUCACGAUGCUACAAAGAACCUUGGACUCCCUACCGGUUAUUGUAAUGGUAUUGAAGACGAAAGGCAAAGUUUUCCUGAAAACUACAAAAUCAUAAGUCGGGAAAGCAAGGGGAGCUUAUUUAGAUUGCACGCAUUGGUGGAGUACAUUGAUAUCAACACCAAGAAUGAGAAUACUAAACCAUGGGAGCCCUUGCGUGAUGAGGAAGUCUUGGAAUGGCUCAAUUUCAAGAACUCGAGCGACAAGUGGGAUCGGUUCAUCCAGCAGCAAAAGCAUUUUAUUCCCGAGAACGAGUUGAUUGCUAUACAAAAGAGAUUACGGAUGAAGAGCUCGAAAGCCACGAACAGAAAAUGUGAUAGAGUCACUUUUGGCGAGGACGAUGCUGAUUUUGAGCGCGUCAUGAGGGAAAGAGGACUAAUAAAAGAGAAUGUGACGGAUAGCGAGUGCGAUUACGAAACUGCGACACCCAUCGAGUCUAAACGCCGAGCCUACACCGUGUAA